AUGGCGUCCAAAGCCCUGGUAGCUCGGACGGGGGCCACUCUGAUCAGCCGCCUCUUCACCGGUGGUCUACAUCUGACGAGGCUUAGCGGAGGAGAUGUAGUUCCCCAGAUCUCGCCCAGCCAUUCAGCACCGCCCUUCCCCCCUAGGCUCCAGGCCGCCGCGCCGCCUGUUGGUGAUGAGCCAGCCACCGUGAAACAGGUGGGUUCUGCUGAGGGGAUCUGCUUCCCUUGUGGUCUUCCGUCGCUGCGAUUCUUCUUGGAGGAUGGUGAGAUGCUUCUGCUCUGGAUUACUCCCUCGUAUAAGCCGUCUUUUAUGGUGAAAUAUAUGCCGUGAAGAUUGGUUUGGGCUCUCCAAACUUUCUCCGCGUUCGUUAUAAUCGCCCGAGUGGCAUUGGCAUUAGCCUCCUCCUUUGGAACUCGAGCACACAAUUUUUCUAGCAUCGGUUUUUGCAAUCCAGUGCAAAACCAUGCCGGCCUUUUUCACCUUUUACAGUAUAAUGCGAUCUCUGUAUGUACACCAAGCUAAGUUUCCUGUUUUCUUUUGUUGACAAUAUAUGCAUUUCCAUGAAAGUUUGUCUCAUAUCUCUGGAUUCCAUGAAAGUUACUCGGGCUAGUUUAGUGAACAUGCAUGGUUUCUCAAGGCUGCACCAUCCAGAGGAAGUCACAGGAGAGGGUUUUUUCGCCCUUUUGGGAAGAGCUCACGGCGUUGUUAGAAGUCUCAGUAGAACUGCUUCAAGAGAAGUCCAUGCCCAAACGUGACCCAUAAAUCUGACGAGCUUGAAGGCCAUGGUUGGGCAUGAUGAAUCUUUGAUGCCCUUCUCACGAAACCAUUCAGCAUUUAUAUUCCUUUAAUGAACAAAUAUUUUGAUGACAGCAUGUAUACUGUGGAAUCCUGAGGUCGUUUAAUGGUGUUGAAAUGAGGAGAACCCCUGCUUCAUAAUCCUUUUCAACAGGCAAACUCGUUGUCCAUUGUCGAAUAUAGAGGGCCUUUUGACUGCGGCCACUAACUAGUUAGGGAGACGUCAAUUCCCCUUCUUAACUGAGCUUGUAGUCCCAUGAUGAACAUCAAGUUUGCCACACUUUUUCUAAGGCAACAGAUUUGGCGGGGGAAAAUUGCAAGUUGGUUUAAUUCCGCUAUCUCUCCAGUCGUUUGUGUUGGGUUGGCUAAUCAAGUAAACCAAAUUGGAUGCAGUGGGAAGAUUUGUCUCUAAGCGUAUACUGUUUGGCUAUCAUUAAGCCCGCUUAAGCUUGCAUCAUUAUCGAUGUUUGGUUGAGAAAAUGGCCGACCGGUCAGGUUUCGGUCCAGCGUCUUGCUGUGAAUUAUGAUCCAAAUUUGAGCCUCCCCAACCUCCAUUGCAACCCACCUCACCUUUUUCUCAUGGUUUGAUAUUCUCUCUUGUAUUUUCCUAAUCAGUGUCCUAUGGAUGUUAUGGAUCUCCUCUUUUUCCAUUGUGCAGAGAGUCUACUGGGGCGGGUCCUAAUACUUCUGUGACCGCUCUACAUGUUUUUCGAUGAUCUAGAUCUUCGAUGCAUAAUACUUGGAGUAGGAAGAGACAAUCUUGGGUCAGGAGCAUAAGAGUAUUCGAUAUGAAUAAUCACAAACCAGAUGGUGUCUUGUUCUAGGCCUCUGCAGUUUUCAUCUUUACAUUAUCUUGCUUCAAAAAGAGUAUCAUUUUUUUCUAACUCAACAUAUUUUUUACGCAAACUGGAAAAUACUUGUGAUUCAUGAUUGCUACGAUUCCUGCUCUGUGAGUUUGGAUCCUCAUGUGAAUCAGCAGUGGGUAUGAUCUUAAUGGGGAAAGGGUGUCUACAUCUCUGAGGAUAUGUAAGCCCUAUUUUUUUUAUAAAAAAAAGCCAAGAUGAACUAUUUUAUAGAAUUCAAGAGGCGAAUCUCUGACAGAGAUGGAUGAAAUUCGCGGCAGAAUGAGAUGGCUUGAAGAUUGUCGAUAUGAUUAUUAGCUGUCUCGCUAAACAUAUUCAAAUCGAAAGAAGCAUAAGUUGCCAGACAUACGAUCUGUUCUUCACGUUUUUAUUGUUGCUUCUCAGUUUUAUCUCCUAUCGUCUAUUACAGGAGAGGAGACUUCCUCAGAUGAUCCAUUGCUUCUACUUCCUAAACGGACUUACCAGCCGAGCCACGUGAAGCGCAAACGGACCCAUGGGUUCUUCGCUCGGUCUCUCUCUCACUCUCUCUCUCUCUCUCUGUGCUAAAUAAUAGUGUACUAAUUCGCCAUCUUAAGGAUAAAGGCCUGAGUUUUCAUUUGCCUUUCUUUUGCCGGCAGUAAGGAGACCAAGGGUGGAAGGAAGGUCAUCGCCCGGAGGGUGGCCAAGGGCCGUCAGAGAAUCACAGUCUGA